GCGCGCACUCGCCAGACGCUUCCCGGUAAUGGUGGUGGUGGCAGCUGCGCCGAGCCCGGCCACCGGGGCCCCCAAGAUGCUGCUUCUGUCCAGCAAGUCCGCCCCUGUCCCUGCCGCCGCCGGAGCCCCGGUCGGCCGGGCCCUGCCGCUCAUGGUUCCGGGUCAACAAGGCGCCAGCCCGGAGGUGGCGGCCGGGGGGCCGCCCCAGGCGCGCAAGCGACAGCGCCUCACGCACCUGAGCCCCGAGGAGAAGGCGCUGCGGAGGAAACUGAAAAACAGAGUAGCAGCUCAGACUGCCAGAGACCGAAAGAAAGCACGAAUGAGUGAGCUGGAACAACAAGUAGUAGAUUUGGAAGAAGAGAACCAAAAACUUCUGUUAGAAAAUCAGCUUUUGCGAGAGAAAACUCAUGGCCUUAUAGUUGAGAACCAGGAGUUAAGACAGCGCUUGGGGAUGGAUGCCCUGGUUACUGAAGAGGAGGUGGAGACCAAGGGGAAUGGAGCGAGGCCAGUGGCCGGGUCUGCUGAGCGCAGCACUCAGACUACGUGCACCUCUGCAGCAGGUGCAGGCCCAGAUGUCACCCCUCCAGAACAUCUCCCCAUGGAUUCUGACGGUGUUGACUCUUCAGACACUGAGUCUGAUAUCCUCUUGGGCCUUCUGGAUAACGUGGAUCCAGUCAUGUUCUUCAGGUAUCUCUCCCCAGAGUCUACCAGCCUGGAGGAGCUCCCAGAGGGCCACCCAGAAGGACCCAGUUCCUUACCAGCCUCCCCUUCUCCAUCACUGGGGACGUCACCAGCCAAGCUGGAAGCCAUUAAUGAACUAAUUCGUUUUGACCACGUAUAUACCAAGCCCCUAGUCUUAGAGAUGCCCUCUGAAACAGAGAGCGAAGCUAAUGUGGUAAUCAAAAUCGAGGAAGCACCUCUCAGCCCCUCAGAGAAGGAUCACCCUGAAUUUACCAUCUCGGUGAAGGAAGAACUUGUGGAAAAUGACUUCAUUCCAGAGCUGGGUAUCUCAAAUCUACUUUCAUCCAGCCACUGCCUGAAGUCAUCUUCUUGCCUGCUGGAUGCUUAUAGUGACUGUGGAUAUGAGGGCUCCCCUUCCCCCUUCAGUGACAUGUCCUCUCCACUUGAUAUAGACCAUUCUUGGGAGGACACCUUUGCCAGUGAACUCUUUCCCCAGCUAAUUAGUGUCUAAGCAGUGAUCCAACACUGUUGCCCUUUCCCUUGCGUAUUAACAUCACUGCCUGGAGGAUAACAGAGAAGCCUGUUUGUGCUCAAAAAGCCAAAGUAGAGGGGGUACAGUCCUAGAGAAUUCCUCUAAAGUAUUUGUUCAAAACUUGUAGAUCACCCCAAGUAUUGUCUUUUGACAUCCAGCAGUCCAAGGUACUCAGAUACAUUACAGUAAUUAAGAACUACAGCUUUUGCCCUUGUACCUUUAUCUUAAGGGCAGUAGUUUGCCCCAAAACAUUUAACAAGAUGAACCAUGCAGACAUUAGGGAGACAAUAAGGGUCACCAGACAAGUGUCUUAAAGUAGACAUGGAAUUUAUGAAUGACCCUUCAUCAUUUCUUCUUCCUCUUCUCAGCAUCCCAGGCUUGCCUCCAAUUUUAGGUCCUUUAGUUUGCUUCUGCAAGCAGAGAACACCUACCUGAGGGGGUGACUUUUCCCUCAUGUACAGUCCAAGUAAAGAUCAAGAAUCUUUUUGUGAAAUUCUAGAAAUUUACUAUGUAAAUGCUUGAUGGAAUCUUUCCCUGCUACUGUAGCUUUUGGAAGGUGCUUUCUCCAUUUAUUUAAAACUACCUGUGCAAUUAAAAAGUGCAAUGCAG